AAGAAGAAGAAGAAGAAGAAAGGAAGAAGCCGACGACGACAGACAAUUUGACCUGCACAGUCAAGGGAACGGCGAACUGUAACUAAAAAAACCUGCUUGUUCUCACCUUGGGUAUAAGCAGCUGCAUCGCUGGAAGCAGACAUUUAUCACAUGACAGUGAAGCUACUAGAGGCUGUUCAGUCUUCCCUCCUGAUACACGUUUGAUUAUCAUGCCUACUACCCAGCAGUCACCACAGGAUGAGCAGGAGAAGCUUCUUGAUGAAGCAGUACAGGCUGUCAAGGUCCAGUCCUUCCAAAUGAAACGAUGCCUAGACAAGAACAAGCUAAUGGAUGCUCUGAAGCAUGCCUCCAAUAUGCUGGGUGAGCUGAGGACAUCCAUGCUGUCUCCAAAGAGCUACUAUGAACUCUAUAUGGCCAUCUCUGAUGAGCUCCACUACCUAGAAGUCUAUCUGACUGAUGAGUUUGCCAAGGGACGCAAGGUUGCUGAUCUCUAUGAGCUGGUCCAGUAUGCAGGCAACAUCAUCCCUAGACUCUACCUGCUGAUAACAGUGGGUGUAGUGUACGUGCGUUCCUUCCCUCAGUCCCGUAAGGACAUCCUGAAGGACUUGGUUGAAAUGUGCCGUGGUGUCCAGCACCCACUGCGGGGCCUCUUCCUCAGGAACUACCUGCUACAGUGCACUCGCAACAUCCUCCCUGAUGAUGGAGAGCAGACAGAAGGAUCAGAGGAGAUAACUGGUGACAUCAAUGACUCCAUCGACUUUGUUCUGCUGAAUUUUGCUGAGAUGAACAAGCUUUGGGUGCGCAUGCAGCAUCAGGGCCACAGCCGUGACCGGGAAAAGAGGGAGAAGGAGAGGCAAGAGCUAAGGAUCCUGGUGGGAACCAACCUGGUUCGUCUCAGUCAACUUGAGGGAGUCAAUGUGGAGAAGUAUAAACAGAUUGUGCUUCCAGGUGUGCUGGAACAGGUUGUGAACUGCAGGGACUCUUUGGCACAGGAGUAUCUCAUGGAGUGCAUCAUUCAGGUAUUUCCAGAUGAGUUCCACCUUCAGACUCUCAACCCAUUUCUGCGUUCCUGCGCUGAACUGCACCAGCACGUCAAUGUCAAAAACAUCAUCAUUGCCCUGAUUGACAGAUUAGCCCUGUUUGCUCACCGAGAAGAUGGUCCUGGCAUCCCGUCUGAAAUUAAACUUUUCGACAUCUUCUCUCAGCAAGUGGCGACUGUUAUUCAGUCUCGCCAGGACAUGCCAUCAGAGGAUGUAGUCUCUCUCCAGGUGUCUCUCAUUAACCUGGCCAUGAAGUGUUACCCUGACCGCGUGGACUAUGUUGAUAAAGUCCUGGAGAGCACUGUGGAUAUCUUCAACAAGCUUAACCUGGAACAUAUUGCAACAAGCAGUGCAGUGUCAAAAGAGCUCACCAGACUGCUGAAGAUUCCGGUGGACACCUACAACAACAUCCUCACAGUGCUGCAGCUUAAGCACUUCCCACCGCUCUUUGAGUACUUUGACUACGAGUCACGCAAAAGUAUGAGCUGCUAUGUGCUGAGCAACACACUAGACUACAAUACCACUAUUGUGGCGCAGGAGCAGGUGGAUGCCAUUCUAAACCUGGUGUCAACGCUCAUCCAGGACCAGCCAGACCAGCCAGCUGAGGACCCUGACCCAGAGGAUUUUGCUGAAGAGCAGAGCCUGGUGGGCCGGUUCAUUCACCUUCUGCAUUCAGAAGACCCUGACCAACAGUACCUGAUUCUGAACACAGCCCGAAAGCAUUUUGGAGCUGGGGGAAACCAAAGGAUCCGGUAUACACUGCCUCCGCUGGUAUUUGCAGCUUAUCAUCUGGCCUUCAGAUAUAAGGAGAAUUCCAUUUCGGAUGACAAGUGGGAGAAAAAAUGUCAGAAGAUAUUUUCCUUUGCUCGUCAGACCAUCAGUGCUCUCAUCAAGGCUGAGCUAGCUGAGCUUCCUCUCAGACUCUUCCUGCAGGGGGCGCUGGCUGCAGGUGAAAUCAUCUUUGAAAACCAUGAAACGGUGGCCUAUGAGUUCAUGUCACAGGCCUUCUCUCUGUAUGAGGAUGAAAUAAGUGACUCCAAGUCGCAGCUGGCAGCCAUCACGCUCAUCAUCGGUACGUUUGAGCGCAUGCACUGCUUCAGCGAGGAGAACCACGAGCCUCUGAGGACACAGUGUGCCCUUGCUGCCCCCAAGCUGCUGAAGAAGCCUGACCAGUGCCGUGCUGUCAGCAUCUGUGCUCAUCUGUUCUGGUCUGGCCGCAGCACAGACAAGAAUGGCGAGGAGAUCCGUGACGGUAAGCGGGUUAUGGAAUGUCUAAAGAAAGCCCUGAAGAUCGCCAAUCAGUGCAUGGAUCCCGCGUUGCAGGUCCAGCUGUUCAUUGAGAUCCUCAACAGAUACAUCUGCUUCUAUGAGAGGGAAAAUGACUCGGUGACCGUGCAGGUGCUCAACCAGCUGAUCCAGAAGAUCAGGGAGGACCUGCCUAACCUGGAGGCCACUGAAGAAACGGAGCAGAUCAACAAGCAUUUCCACAACACUUUAGAGCACCUGCGCUUACAGAGAGAGUCUCCUGAGUCGGAAGGCCCCGCGUACGAGGGCCUCGUCAUUUAGAGAGAGGAGGCAUUUGUGGAUGGUUGUUUACAUACUUACCCUCCCUCAGUAAACCAUCUAGCAGGGCAGGGUUUAAAAAUCAAAAGUUAUGUCAACCACACCCAAAUGAUGAGAAGCGCUAUCUCCCCUGCUCUCUGAAGUGUUCAUCUAAUCUGCUAGCUGUUGAACCCCCUCCUCCUAGAUUGAACCCCUGCUAACAUUUUUUCUAAUCUAAUUUCCUCCCUUCCCGGCCUUUCAGGACCAUUCCAUGACCUCUCGGUCCAGAUGAGUUUUCAGUGUUGCAUUAUAAGAAACCUUGUAUGUCACGAAGGCUGCAGUUAUCUCCACCUUGCACUUCUCAGAUCUUUUGUUUGGUUUCUUUAUACUUGAGCAGUUAUCUAGAGGGAGUCUCCAUGCUGUGUUUCUUAGACAACAGAUGAACACCAUCAUCUGUCACUGGAAAAAUGACACCAUCUCCAUAGUGAUGUGUUUACUGUCCACAGCUUAAUUUAGUCUGCAAUCUGUUUAUUGUUAAACUCCCUACACAUGAAAAGAUUAGUGUUUAUGUUGAUCAUUUGGUGGUUACACACUCGCCACUAGAGCUUUAAAGGGAUUGUCCUCUGUUGUUCAUUGCCAGAAACUUUCUCGUUGAAAAGUAAAUAUUCUGUCCUUGUGGCUGCCUUAGGAGAAGUAUAACUGUGGCAGAACUGUAACCAGCAUUACUUUGUGCAGCUCAAGUUGCCUACACAGCCCCCCCCCCCCAGAAGGUGGAGCACGGCGGUGCUUUAGCACGGCAGUGCUUUAGCACCUCAGAGCACCAUCACACCACUUCCAGGUCACUCUCUUCAUGUGAACAAAAGUGCAAGGUUGUUGAUAAACAGCUCUAAUUCUUGGUUCCGAUAUGUAAAAUUAUCAUUGCUUUGUUGAUCUUUGUAAGCCACUGCCUGCUAAAUAUUGAACCAUUAUUCCAGUCUGUGAUGGUGAGGCAGCAGAAUAAACCUGAACUUUACGUUUGGAGAUGUUAGGCAGAGUUUCAUUUGGAUUGUUUUGACGGUAGUGUGCUGCCUAACUGAGCGACUAAUAUGUGUGUGUGUGUGUGUGUGUGUGUGUGUGUGUGUGUGUGUGUGUGUAUGUGAUUGAAUUAUUCAGUGAUGCUAAUCUUAAUACUGCAUCGACUCAUUUGUUUGGGGCUGCAACUAAAACGUAUUUCCCUCAUUGCCUCCCAGGAUCCUGACCGCUUCCACAUAUUUUAUGAAUAACCUACUUGUAAAUCAGAAAGGAAGAACACAGAAUAUCUACUGUCAAUGUUGUUUGCAUAAAUAAACUCAAACUA